ACAAAGGUCAUUUGAGAAAAGUUGAUCAUGAGCUAACCGUGAACUGGCUUAAUUGAGCAUACGUAUGGUAGUUGGCGUUAUUGAGCGGCUUGGCUUUCCAUAGCUUUCGUACGCGUCACGCGAUCUCGUACUCGUACCGGUACGUCGAAUCUUCGUGUUUGUUUGGGGAGGAUGAAGGUUGGUCUGCAUGUUGCUUUGAAUUUGACGGAUCUGGAACAUAGAUUUCCCAAUUGAAACUACGAGAGACAGUGGAGAAGGAACAAGAUGUCGAAAGAUAGAAUAGCUGUGUUUCCAUCUCGCAUGGCCUUGACCACCAUGAAGAUCAGACUGAAAGGUGCACAGAAGGGUCACAGUCUUCUGAAGAAAAAGGCAGACGCGCUCACUCUGAGGUUCAGACAAAUCCUUGGAAAAAUUAUUGAGAACAAAACAUUAAUGGGAGAAGCAAUGAAGCUUGCUUCUCUGUCUCUUGCAGAAGCAAAGUUUGCAAUGGGAGACAUAAGUCACAAUGUUCUUCAGAAUGUAACUAAAGCACAGACGAAAGUUAGAUCAAAGAAAGAGAAUGUAGCUGGAGUCAAUCUACCUGUCUUUGAACAUUACACAGAUGGAGCAGACACUUAUGAGCUGACUGGUCUUUCCCGUGGAGGGCAGCAGAUUGACAGACUAAAGAAAAACUAUGCCAAAGCUAUUGAGCUCCUCGUUGAGUUAGCCUCUCUCCAGACCUCCUUCAUUACACUUGAUGAAGUCAUCAAAAUCACCAACAGACGUGUAAAUGCCAUUGAACAUGUCAUCAUUCCACGUAUAGAAAACACUAUCUCCUACAUCACUACUGAACUUGAUGAACGAGAGAGGGAAGAGUUUUAUCGUUUGAAGAAGAUCCAAGAAAAGAAGAAGAAGAUAAAGGCCAAGGAUGAAGCAUUGAGAAAGAGCAGACAAGUGCAGGGAAACUAUGGGGAUUCCAGGAAUUUAAUAGAUGAUGAUGUAGAUGAAGAUUUAUUGUUUGACUCAUAGUGCAAUAAUAGGAAAAGAUUUAGAGGGAGAUAUUUAGUAAAGAAAUAUAUCUAUUUACAUCUGGAGGUAUUGUAUGUUGGUUAUGAGAUGUUUUCUUUUUAAAAUGACAUUAAUUUAUAGGAAUGUUAUGGGUUACUGAGAUAAAGAUGUCUUCUUUUUUAAAUUCAUUUAAUGCAAAAACUUACAUAUUUUGUGUAUAAUAUAUUAUAUUGUAUGUUAUCUUAUUUGACAGUUCAUUUGAAUAAUUAUCAAAUCAAUUGUAGUCAUGUGAUGUUCAUUUGUUUACAGCCAGAAUGUUAUCCAAACCUGAAACCCAGUACUUGAAUACUUAACCAAGUUAAGAUAAUUCCUGUUUUGUUCAGAAUUCUAUCAUGAGAGUUCAUAUUAUGUGUGUUAAAUAAGUGGUACCUGUUGGCUCAUUUAGCCUAAAAGGGUUACUUCAGGCUAAAAAUUGUUAUUUGAACAGCAAUAGUAAAAUUAAAUGAACAAAAUUCUGACAUUUUUUAUCAAAGUUUAGGAAAAACAAUGUUAUGACUUAAUGACAAUCAAAAUUUUGCAUUAUUUUGGCGAAACAAUUCUAUAACGUCCUCAUAAGGCUCAUAAAUAUACAAUGAGCGAGCUGAUGAUAUUUUAAAUUUCAGUGUUUGGAAAUAUAUAUUUGUUUGUCCUUUGAGAAUGUAACAUUGGAUUGACUGCUGAUAUACUGUGCAAGUUAAUUUUCUUUUACACACAUGAAUUGACAUUGAUUUCAUGUAAUGAAGUAAGAAAAGGAAAAGUGGAGGACACGACAUCAUCAUCCCAACUAGUGCAUAUUCACGACAACAUGCAUAAAACUGUUUUCACAAAUUAUUGCCAUACUUAAAAUUAGCAACUUCUCUAUACAUGUAUAUAAGAUUUUGCCAUUUUUAGUGUUUUGCUCAUAAUUUUUCUAUAUAUUUGUAUUAGGUAUCAUUAUUAUUUUCAGACUGAAGUACCCCUUUAAAUACUGUACUGAACAACUCUUCUACCACGGUGUAUCAUCUGAAUAGUAUGGUUUGUUGUGCUGGAUGAUUUAAUUGAUUGAUUGAUUCAUCAGCCUUUCUGGCCACUUAUUCAUCUAUGCUCUUAAGAUAUAGAUACUUCCAUGUGUUCCUUUACCCUGAGUAAUAUAUUUUACCAAGAUAAACCAUCAUAUACUAGGUGACAUAUACUUACAGUAUGCCAUCCCUAUUUUGUCAGUAUGUAAUCUCAAUCAAAAUGUGUGAAAGGGGGGGGGAUCACUUAGUUCACUUUCAGGAAAUUGUGAAGUUUUCCUGUUAGUGGUAUGUUUACCUUACCUUCUUUUGAAUUUGCCACUUCUUUCUUUUUACAUUCCAAUACCGGGGAUAGUGUAGAAGUAAUGCCUCUCUAAAAGGGGAAAAAAUCCUUUCAUGGCAACUAUUGUAUUAUUGGUUUCAUUUAACAACAAGCAUAAUUUUCAAAUAUAUUGCAGGUUGUGUUGAUGGAAAAGUGAGACAAGGUUUUGGCAAAAAAAAAUCAAUGAUCAUGUACAUGUAGUUGUAAACAUGUAUCGUGCAUUUAAAUGUUAUUAUUGUAUGCUUGUUUUAUUUAGUGUAAUUCAUGCAAUGUUCAGUACUGGAUAUUCAAAUUGCAAGGGUGUCAUUAAACUGACUUCUGUUGUGAAAGUAUAAAGAUUUGAAAUGGUAUCAAAUAUAAAGAUCUAACAAAUAUAGUGUUUUUUUCUUUGUUAAAAGGGGAAUUAAACCCUUGUAACAAGUUAGCUUGUAUGAAAACAAGAUAACAAAUAAGAUCAGUGAAUGUACAAUGAGAAAAUAAUAUGAAAGUUAUGAACACUUGAAUUUCAAAAUCACUAAUGCUAUAAAGAUCCUCUCAUUGGCAAUAUGCUUUUCCAGCAUUCUAAUAUUAGAAAAAACUCUGUCCAUGAUAUAUUUUAUGAAACCUCCAUUACAUGACCCCCCAUGAAAAAUAUGCCUGAUCUGUGGAUAGAAUUAAUGAAAUGACAAAAUAUGUAGAAAAGUAAUAGGGGAGUUAUUCAAGUUGCGACAUCACACAUUUUGGUCGCAUUGCCAAUAGAAGGAUGUCAUCAUAGUGAUCUCAACAUUUAACUGCUUAUUACUUCUUUUAAAGGGCCAAGCCACUGACAAAUCAUGGGGAAAUUGAAAUUUGCAAAAGGCCAAUUGACUUGCAUAAUAUAAUCUGUCCGUCAUGAGCGCCCGUCGGACUAAUGCGAUAAAAGUUCGUACAGCACGAAUUUGACCGAACUCUUGAUGGUUAUUUACUUCGGAUCAUCGCAGUUCCAGUUUCCAACAAUCCCAAUUCCUAGACUCGUAGCAUGUCUGUUGAUUGCUAAACCAAAAUAAAUGACCUCUGUUAAGUUACAUGUUUCAAAGGUGAAAACGCGCAGUUUACUUCUGGUUGGUUAGUCUACUAAUUGCUCUCCUAUAGACCUCCCAGACAUGCCGGCGUCUAUUACAUAAUACACCCCCAGGCAUGCGGCCGAGUGAAAGACUUGAAUCCCUUCUCUGUUCUGAGAUUAGCCUUGAUUUCCCCAUGAUUUGUCAAUUAAAGGUCGCUUUAAUGUUCAUCUUUUUUCAAAUUUUCAUUGAUGUGUGUCUUUGAUUUUUCUUUUCUCAUAUAAGCUAACUUGUUCUUUGGGUUUUGUUCUCUAUAUUAGAUGGUCUUGGUUUUUAUGGGUAGAGGAGACAAAAGUCAAUGGGCAGAGGAGACAAGUCAAUUUAAUGUAAUGGUAAAAGUAAAUGGAAAAGGAUAUCAAUCUAGAAACUGGUUCGAAUCUUAAAUUACUAUAUAAUGAGUUUUUUAUGUAGUAACAUACAUGUACGAAUUUUAAUUUGGGUGCAAUAUUACAUUUUUUCAAUAGGUUUACUAAAUUUUGUGAAACAAUAAACUCUAAAAGGCUUUUAAUACCCCUUUCCAAUUUACAGUCAUUUCGCUGGCUGAAAUAAUAAUUUGGCAAAUCAAAAUUCAGAUGUAAAGAUUUUGCUUGGGCAAAGAGUUGGUUCAGGUCUGACCAAGGCAAAAAAGCUUUUUUUGGUGUCACAAUAUUUUAAGGUCAUGCAUGCAUGUAUGUAGGUAGAUACAGGUACAUAGAUAGGAAGGGGUUUAAGGUUUACUUUUGUCAGCCUUCAUGGAGAAUUUGACACCAUUCUGAUGUGUAUUGGAUAAUUUUUGUCUGUUAUCCAGGUUGGAAUGAGUUUAAUGAACAGCAGACAUUCUAUGAUAUUAUUUCCACCCAUUGUCACAUGUGGAAGUGCUGUAUUUUGCCUGACAAACAGCACCUGAAGCUAAUAGUGGGACUGUUUGUUCACAUUGCUCCAGAGAUGUUACUAGAGUACAGGUAUCUCUAUUGCUUUUCAUAAUGGCUGGUGUCAGCAAAAUUUUUGUAUACUCUCCAUGAAAUCCAACAAUGUAUUUUACCUACAUAUACCAAUGAAUACAAAAGAAUUUAGAAUCUGCUUUUGCUAUGAAUAUAAAGUGUUUAUUACAAUAUAUAUAUGAAAAUACAUAAUUCUCAUCAUUUGUAAUGCUUUCCAUGAAAUGUUGUUCCAUUUACAAAAGAAAGUAUAGCAUAAACCUACAAAAAGAAAAAAAAUUGCACUACUUGGGUUACUUCAUUUUAAUGAAAAGUUAGCAAUAAAAUGGAUACAUGUACAUAUCUAUAAUGAUAAACCAUA